CCUAGCAGUGCCAUAAAUAACCGGCGAGCCGACAGCGCCGCGCCCGUUUCACUUCAACCUCACCGGCCCCUCUCGCUCUCAGCCCCUCCUAUAAAACCUCCCGGCGGGCUCUCCCGCUUCCAUUGCCAGUUAUCUGAACACCGCCGAGAAGACGAGACCAUCGAGGGGGCGCCAUGGACUGCCAGCAAGUGAACCGCAACGGCGACGCCGCGGAGUGGAAGCAGGUGGCCGAGCUGAGGGCCGUUGCCGAGGCCCAGGACCCAGCGUGCAAGGAGGAGGAUGACCUGAUGCUUCGGCGCUUCCUGCGCGCCCGCGACCACAACGUCGGCAAGGCGUCGGCGAUGCUGCUCAAGUACCUCAAGUGGAAGCCGGCGGCGAAGCCCAACGGGUUCAUCUCCGAGGAGGAGGUGGCGAACGAGCUCGCGCAGGACAAGCUGUUCCUACAGGGCUACGACAAGCAGGGACGACCCAUGAUCUACGGCUUCGGGGCCAGACAUUACCCUUCCAAGCGCGACCUCGACGAGUUCAAGCGUUAUGUGAUCUACGUGCUCGACAGGACCGUCUCCAGGCUACCUCAGGGGCACGAGAAGUUUGCGGCGGUGGCAGACCUCAAAGGCUGGGGCUACUCCAACUGCGACAUCAGGGCCUACCUUGCAGGGCUGGAAAUCAUGCAGAAUUACUACCCGGAGAGGCUGGGCAGAGUGUUCCUGAUCCACGUGCCGUACGUGUUCAUGGCCGCCUGGAAGAUAGUCUACCCCUUCAUCGACGACAACACCAAGAAGAAGUUCGUGUUCGUGCCAGACAAGGAGCUGGACAAGACGCUCCGGGAGGCCAUUGACGAGAGCCAGCUGCCGGAGAUGUACGGCGGGAAGCUGAAGCUGGUCCCUGCAGCCAACCGAGCAGAGACCCACUGACUGUGAGGGGAUCAAGAGCUACCUACCCUGAGCUGAACAGCACGUACGUGGUGCAACAUUAGUUGGGCACAGCCAUUUGAUCCCCAUCAAAGUCCGCAUUCAAAUUAGCAACUGAUGUUAAGUAGUGCUGUCGAGUACAAGACACAGAAAAAUGGUUUUUGUAUACUCCCCCAAUCUCCCUGCAUGCAUUGCCUUAGGACAGUACAGACGAUGCAAAUAAGAUCAGUGGUCUACUGACCUUGGCUCUGGCUC